GGCUGGACUGGACCGGGCUGGCGCGACGCCCUCGACUGCCGCCCGAGAAAUUGACCCAGGACUCAUUUUCAGGAAAAGAGCUUCCGUCAAAAAUGGUAAAAUAAUGGAAUGACGAAUUUGAACAUUUAAUCUUUGGAUGGAAAUCUGAGAAUGAAAAGAGCAAUUAAUGCAAGCCAUGUGGUAAAAGCAGGAAUUUGAGGAAAAUGGAAAUGUUUAUCUUUUUGUGGACAUGUAUUUUUCUACCACUCAUAAGAGGGCACAGUCUUUUCACCUGUGAACCAAUUACUGUUCCCAGAUGUAUGAAAAUGACCUACAACAUGACCUUUUUCCCUAAUCUGAUGGGUCAUUAUGACCAGAGUACAGCUGCUGUGGAAAUGGAGCAUUUUCUUCCUCUUGCAAACCUGGAAUGUUCACCAAAUGUUGAAACUUUCCUUUGCAACGCUUUUGUACCAACAUGCAUAGAGCAAAUUCACGUGGUUCCACCUUGUCGUAAAUUUUGUGAAAAAGUAUAUUCUGAUUGCAAAAAGUUAAUUGACACGUUUGGGAUCCAAUGGCCUGAAGAACUUGAAUGUGACAGAUUACAAUACUGUGAUGAAACUGUUCCUGUAACUUUUGAUCCACACACAGAGUUUCUUGGUCCUCAGAAGAAAACAGAACAAGUCCAAAGAGACAUUGGAUUUUGGUGUCCAAGGCAUCUGAAGACUUCUGGGGGACAAGGCUAUAAGUUUCUGGGGAUUGACCAGUGUGCACCACCAUGUCCCAAUAUGUAUUUUAAAAGUGAUGAACUGGAGUUUGCCAAAAGUUUUAUUGGAAUAGUUUCAAUAUUUUGUCUUUGUGCAACUCUGUUCACAUUCCUUACUUUUUUAAUUGAUGUUAAAAGAUUCAGAUACCCGGAGAGACCAAUUAUCUAUUACUCAGUCUGUUACAGCAUUGUGUCUCUGAUGUACUUUAUUGGAUUCAUACUGGGCAAUAGCACAGCCUGCAACAAGGCAGAUGAGAAGCUAGAACUUGGUGACACAGUUGUUCUAGGCUCUCAAAAUAAGGCUUGCACCGUUUUGUUUAUGUUUUUGUAUUUUUUCACCAUGGCUGGCACUGUGUGGUGGGUGAUUCUUACCAUUACUUGGUUUUUAGCUGCAGGAAGAAAAUGGAGUUGUGAAGCCAUUGAACAGAAAGCGGUGUGGUUUCAUGCUGUCGCCUGGGGAAUACCAGGUUUUCUGACUGUUAUGCUUCUUGCUAUGAACAAAGUUGAAGGUGAUAACAUUAGUGGAGUUUGCUUUGUUGGCCUCUAUGACCUGGAUGCUUCUCGCUACUUUGUACUCUUGCCACUGUGCCUUUGUGUGUUUGUUGGGCUGUCUCUUCUUUUAGCUGGCAUUAUUUCCUUAAAUCAUGUUCGACAAGUUAUACAACAUGAUGGCCGGAACCAAGAGAAACUGAAGAAAUUUAUGAUUCGAAUUGGAGUUUUCAGUGGCCUGUAUCUUGUGCCAUUAGUGACACUUCUUGGAUGUUACGUCUAUGAGCAAGUGAACAGGAUUACCUGGGAGAUAACCUGGGUCUCUGACCAUUGUCGGCAGUAUCAUAUCCCAUGUCCUUAUCAGGCAAAAACAAAAACUCGACCAGAUUUGGCUUUAUUUAUGAUAAAAUACCUGAUGACGUUAAUUGUUGGCAUCUCUGCUGUCUUCUGGGUUGGAAGCAAAAAGACAUGCACAGAAUGGGCUGGAUUUUUUAAACGAAAUCGCAAGAGAGAUCCAAUCAGUGAAAGUCGAAGAGUACUACAAGAAUCAUGUGAGUUUUUCUUAAAGCACAAUUCUAAAGUGAAACACAAAAAGAAGCACUACAAACCAAGUUCACAUAAGUUGAAGGUCAUUUCCAAAUCCAUGGGAACCAGCACAGGAGCUACAGCAAAUCAUGGCACUUCUGCAGUAGCAGUCACUAACCAUGAUUACUUAGGACAAGAAACUUUGACAGAAAUCCAAACCUCACCAGAAACAUCAGUGAGGGAAGUGAAAGCAGAUGGAGCAAGCACCCCCAAAUUAAGAGAACAGAACUGUGGGGAACCAGCCUCCCCAGCAGCAUCCAGCUCCAGACUCUGUGGAGAACAGCCUGACAAGAAAAGUCAGACCGGCACUGUGAACGAUAAGAGCAGUGUAUCUGAAAGUGUGCGGAGUGAAGGAAGGGUAACUCCAAAGAGUGAUCUUACUGAAAAUGGCCCUGUGCAGAGCAAGAACUUGCAGGUCCCAAGUUCUUCAGAGCCAAGUAGCCUCAAAGGCUCCACAUCACUGCUCAUUCAUUCAGCUUCCGAAGUUAAAAAAGAGCAGGGCACUGGCAGUCACUCAGAUACUUGAACAACCGAUUAUCCCUGGAAGCAGCUUGUGUUACACUGGAGGUGACCACUACACUGUCCUCAAAGAAUCACUGUUACAGUCUUCUUUUGCACUUAAGUCUACAUGGGCUACUGUUACACUGGAAACAACAGAUUCUGGGAAUAAUAGGAUUCGUUUCACACAAAAGCUGGUGACAACGAUAUACCUGAAAAACAGAAAUGUGCAGGUUAAUAAUAUUUUUUUAAUUGUGUGGGAGGAGGGAGUUAGAGGAAUCUUCCUUUUCUUCUAUGAAGAUUCUACUCUAGUAAAAGAUUUAAAAGAUAUACUAUGAUAUUUCACGUUUAUAGUAUAAAGUAAAAAAUUUUCUUUGCUGAGAUAUUUAAAACUUAACCUUGUGUCUUUUUUUAUGUAUUUGAAAAUAAAUUUAUGUGUAUUUGAGUUUUUUUAAGGAAUCCUGGAAAAUCUGUUCAAAUAUUUUUAUUGCAUUGUUCUGUAUUUAGCAUUACUUUGGUAGCUUUUACACUGAAUUUCUAAGAAAAGUGAAAAAUAGUAUUCUUGUAUAGUAUAAAAAAAAAGUUGACAAGCCAAAAAUGUUGUAGUGGGAAUUAAUCUUUAAAAAUCCAUUAGCUUUACCUUAUCAUCUUAAAUGUGUGAAUUUUAUAAACUCUCAUUAUUUUAGGAAUUUCACAGGUCCAUUAUGCAACUGAAAUAAGGUGCUUACUGAAAAUGUCCACUGUUGAUUUUAUUAUGCUGCUCACUGACCUUUCUGCAUUUAAAAAAAAAAAAAAAUGACCUGGGGGAUUAGUAGAUGAAAUGUUACUCUUUUAUAAAUUAAGUCAAGUGCAAUUGAUUCCUUUUUUUAAGAAAAAUGUUUCAUGACCAUGCAAGAUUAUAUUAAUAUGGCUACUUAUAGUUGCUUGUACUUUUGUUUUUGAACAAUUAGAAUUGUACAAACACUUUGUAUUUAUGCAGAAUUUUUCUCAGACAUGUAGAAUUCAUUUCUGUAGCUAAGUUAGGAUUUUAGUGAACAUUCAAAAGUGUAUUAGCAAUAUUAGUGCCAGUCAGUGGGGAAAAAAAAUGUAGUUCUGAAAAAAUGAAAGAAAAUGUACUUUGUAUAACAUCCUUUAAAAUAUUAAAGUAUUUUCUUAAUUUCAUUUCCAAUUAAGUAUUACUCCUUGGACAAGAUUUCCUGAAACUUUUUGUUUUUGUUUUUCUCUGUUUAGCAUUCUGUUAAAUUAUCAUGUACUGUAUGGAAAAUGUUGUAAAUAUUAACUUUUCCACAUUUUUGAUCUUUAUAUACAAAAACUUUGUUUUAUGUGGUAUUUUCGGUAAUAAACUUUUCUCAAUAUA